UCCCCACUGGCUGCUCCGAAAAGCCAUCUUUGCAUUGUUCCCGGGUGCCGUCUCGGCUCGCCGCAGCCUCCUCCGCCGCGCGCCUCCCCCGCCGCCGCGGACUCGGGCAGAUCCCGCCAGGGCCCCGAACUCGCCUCUCUCUCGCCCGCUGCUCGGAUCACCGGCGUGCCCCACCAUGUCAGACGCGGCCGUGGACACCAGCUCCGAAAUCACCACCAAGGACCUGAAGGAGAAGAAGGAAGUCGUGGAGGAGGCGGAGAACGGCCGGGACGCCCCCGCCAACGGCAACGCCAACGAGGAGAACGGGGAGCAGGAGGCCGACAAUGAGGUAGACGAGGAGGAGGAAGAGGGCGGGGAGGAAGAGGAGGAGGAGGAGGAAGGCGACGGUGAGGAGGAGGAUGGCGACGAGGACGAGGAGGCCGAGGCAGCCACGGGCAAGCGGGCGGCCGAGGACGACGAGGACGACGACGUGGACACCAAGAAGCAGAAGACCGACGAGGACGACUAGACGGCAGGAGAGGAAGAGUUGCACCGUGGAAAGAAGGCCGCCGUGACCUGUUCACCCUCCACUUCCCGUCUCAGAAUCUAAACGUGGUCACCCUCGAGUAGAGAGCCCGCCGCGCCGCCCCCGCCACACCGAGAAUUCGCAAACGGGAGAGAAACGAACCAAAACUUCCAAGGCCCUGCUUUUUUUCUUAAAAGUACUUUAAAAAGGAAAAUUUGUUUGUAUUUUUUAUUUACAUUUUAUAUUUUUGUACAUAUUGUUAGGGGUCAGCCAUUUUUAAUGAUCUCGGAUGACCAAACCCGCCUUCGGAGAGUUCUCUGUCCUACUUCUGACUUUACUUGUGGUGUGACCAUGUUCAUUAUAAUCUCAAAAGGAGAAAAAAAACCUUGUAAAAAAAGCAAAAACAACAACAAAAAAACAAUCUUAUUCCGAGCAUUCCAGUAACUUUUUUUUGUGUAUGUACUUAGCUGUACUAUAAGUAGUUGGUUUGUAUGAGAUGGUUAAAAAGGCCAAAGAUUAAAGGUUUCUUUUUUUCCUUUUUGUCUAUUUGAAGUUGCUGUUUAUUUUUUUUUGGCCUGUCUGAUGUAUGUGUGAAACAUGUUGUCCAACAAUAAACAGGAUUUUAUUUUGCGGACUUGUUCUAACAAA